UUCUCUUUGAGAUAGGGACUUUGGCUAUGGAGUCUUAAGUUUCUAGACUUUUCCUUAAAGCAGUGUUUCAACGGAAGCUGCCCUUUGCAAAUUGUUCAUUCAGAAUUUCUAACUCUACUGUUCUCCAAUAAUGUGUCUGUUAGUGUUCAACGUUGUUUCAAAGAAAUUGCACCGGCUUCUUCAAGUCUACUGCUUCCUACUUCUAUAAAUUUUCCCAACCACCACUUCGUGAUUUCACUAUGAAAGUAACAUAAUGUAUUCUUUUUCCACAACCAACCUCUAAGGUCGCAUUUAUUAUUACUCAAUCAAUUCUAUUUAUUUGUGGAAUGAAAAUCACAUAAAGAAGUAACAUUUUCCAUCCAGAUACCGUGAUGCAUCAUGUUCAUUCCUGUGUUCACAUUUCACUCAAUUCAGUUUUUUCAUAGGGUGCCAAUAACAUCGUUGCAAAAGCCUAAGCAAUUUACAAUCCAGGUUGUUUAUUCCUUUGGUUUAUCAAUCACUGUAUAUUUAUGUAGCUGAAGAGCAUAGUUCUUGAGAUGUUAUAAACAUGAAGAACCUAAUGUCUUUAAUGAGAAUCAUUUUUCUGUGUUAUCAUAUGCUUCUCUGUCUUUGUGAAAUUUCCUUGGCACUUGACUCCAUUUCUCAAGACCUGUCUCUAAGUGAUGAUGUUGAUAACACCACCUUGGUUUCGAAAGAUGGAACCUUCGAACUUGGAUUCUUCACCCCAGGAAAUUCCCAGAAACGUUACCUGGGGGUUUGGUACAGGAAAAUCCCUAUUCAAACUGUGGUUUGGGUUGCAAACAGGCUCAAUCCGAUCAAUGAUUCAUCUGGCAUCUUGAGGAUGAACACCAGCAGUGGGAACCUUGUCCUCACACAUGAUGACAAAGUUGUUUGGACUACAACCUCUUUGAAAAAAGCAGAAAGCCCAGUAGCCCUUCUCUUGGAUUCUGGCAAUCUUGUGAUAAGAGAUGAGAAAGAUGCAAACAUUGAGGCCUACUUGUGGCAGAGCUUUGACUACCCUACUGAUACCUUCUUACCAGAAAUGAAGUUUGGUUGGGACUUGAGAUCUGGUCUCAAUAGGAAGAUAACAGCUUGGAAGAGUCCUGAUGAUCCAUCUCCCAGUGACUUCUCUUUUGGUAUGGUGCUCAACAGCUAUCCUGAAGCAUACAUGGUGAAGGGUAACGAAAAGUUCUACCGAAGUGGACCAUGGAAUGGCUUGCAUUCAAGUGGUUCACCACAUGUUAGGGCCAACCCCAUUUAUGACUUCAGGUUUGUUUUCAACGAAGCUGAAGUUUACUACACAUAUAGCCUCAAGAACUCCUCUGUGAUCUCGAGGUUGGUGCUGAAUGCAACAAGCUAUGUUCGCAGACGGUAUGUCUGGAUUGAAUCAAAGCAAAUAUGGGAGGUCUACACUUCAGUGCCACUGGACUUAUGUGACAGUUAUUCCCUUUGUGGAGCUAAUGCAAAUUGUGUUAUAUCAGAUUCACCUGUGUGCCAAUGUUUGGAAGGGUUCAAACCUAAGUACCCUCAAGCAUGGAACUCAAUGGAUUGGUCUCAUGGAUGUGUCCGCAAUAAGGAAUUAAGCUGUGAGAACAAACACAAGGAUGAAUUUAUCAAACUGCCUGAGAUGAAAACGCCUGACACUACACAUAGUUGGCUAGAUCAGACAAUUGGGCUAGAGGAAUGCAGAGCCAAGUGCUUGGAUAACUGUUCUUGUAUGGCUUAUGCAAGUUCAGAUAUCAGUGGACAAGGAAGUGGUUGUGCCAUGUGGUUUGGUGAUCUCAUUGAUAUGAGACAGUUUUCAGAUGGAGGCCAGGAAGUAUAUGUUCGAGUGGAUGCUUCAGAAUUAGAACACACCAGUAAGAGCCACAAGAAGGGAAGAGUCUUGGCUGCAGUGACAGUUUCUUUAGCUGUGGCAACAGUUUCUGGUAUUCUAGUAAUACUUGGCUUGUGUUAUAGAAAGAAAUCGCGCGCCAAUGUGAAAGAAAGAUCAGACUUCAGUAUCAAAUCAUAUCAAAACAGUGCAAUGGAAGUGGGUGAUAUGGACCUACCAGUUUUUGACUUGUCAACUAUAGCCAAAGCCACUAACAACUUUACACUCAAGAACAAAAUUGGAGAAGGUGGAUUUGGAUCUGUAUACAGGGGAACACUAGCAGAUGGACUGGAAAUUGCUGUGAAGAGACUUUCACAAAGUUCAGGACAAGGAUUGACUGAAUUCAAGAACGAAGUAAAAUUGAUUGCAAAACUCCAACACCGCAAUCUUGUAAAGCUUCUUGGAUGUUGCCUUGAAGAAGAGGAAAAAAUGUUGGUUUAUGAGUACAUGAUAAAUGGCAGCCUGAACUCAUUUAUUUUUGAUCAGGAAAAGAGUGAGUUACUAGACUGGUCAAAGCGCUUCAACAUUAUAUGUGGAAUUACCAAGGGCCUUCUCUACCUUCAUCAGGAUUCCAGGCUAAGGAUUAUUCAUAGAGAUCUCAAAGCAAGUAAUGUUUUACUUGAUAAUGAGUUGAACCCCAAAAUUUCAGAUUUUGGCAUGGCUAGAAUAUUUGGUGGAGAUCAGAAAGAAGGAAACACUGGGAGAAUAGUUGGUACUUAUGGCUACAUGGCACCAGAAUAUGCAACUGAUGGGCUAUUUUCAGUGAAAUCUGAUGUUUUCAGCUUUGGAGUUUUAUUGAUGGAGAUUAUAUCUGGGAAGAGAAGCAGAGGGUAUUACAAUCAGAACCACACCCAAAAUCUCAUAGGCCAUGCAUGGGAACUCUGGAAAAAAGGAAGACCACUAGAACUGGUUGAUAAAAGCAUAGAAAAGUCCAUUUUUCAAUCACAGAUAUUGCGUUGCAUUCAUGUUAGUCUCUUGUGUGUUCAACAGAAUCCAGAUGAUAGGCCUGGAAUGUCUAGUGUGCUCUUGAUGUUAGUGAGUGAGGUUGAAUUGCCUGAGCCAAAGCAACCAGGAUUCUUUGGUAAAUAUUCAGGUGAAGGAGACUCCUCUACAAGCAAGCAGCAACAAAGUUCAACAAACGAAAUAACCAUUACCUUAUUAGAAGCCCGUUGAUAAUAUUUGCUAGUCACAUUCAUCAUCUAACUUGUAUAGAUACAUAACAUUUUGUAUCAUUAGAAAUUAACUCUAGGUCAUGGACUAUAUUCACUCUUUCUCUCCCUUCUUCCUUCUGAGUGAAGUUCUCUUCUAAACAUACUAAUAUUGAAAGGGAACACUGAAAGCUUGGUAGCCCUUAAUGUGCUGAAAAUAUGACAUCACAGGAAAACAAUAAAAAGGUCACAAAAGUAACCAAGAAAUCAAAUCAUGGUUUGUGAGUUCAGUGAUACAUUUUUGAGUGCUUGAGUGAAACACUUUCCUUGGUGAGGAGUAGUUCUUUGAAUUUCUGAUUGCAUCUUUGCUUGGUUGAUUGAUCAUUCUUAAGGAUAACAUCUAUUGAAGUAUAUGAGCAUCACAUUGAGUUUGAUUGAAUUAAGGCAUUUGUACAUCUUGAUUGACAUUUGUAUGCUGAGCUGAUAAAAGUGAUCUCUUAUCCUGGAAGAAAAAAAGUUUUGAAAAAUGUUAAGUCAUUGUAGUCAUUAUUAUGAAAAGCUGAGUUACAAUCUGUUUCGCUUGAGGACAAGCAAAGUUCUAAGUUUGGGGUUGUGAUAACGGUUGAAAAUACCAUUAUUUGUCAUAUAAUUUUGAUACUAAAUGCACCCUUUUCUGCUUAGAAACUUGCUUGAAAUCAUGCUUUUCUAUUAAGUUGUGUGAAUAAGAGAGUUGAGGUUGAAUUUGAUGAUUUUAUUACUAAUUCUCCUUAUUUUGGUUGAAAAUGAGAUAAUAUGGAAAACAGGGAUGAAGUGAAAAGGAGAUGGAGCUUAGAAAGGACUGGAAGAGCACCAGAAGGGAGGGAUGCUCGUAGCUUGGGCGCCCUCUUUGGAGGCUUGAGCGCAGAAGAGUGUCGCUCACUGCCCGGGCGCCCCUUUUUAGGCGCUUGAGUGCCAGAAGCACGAAGCUUGGGCGUCAUCUCUGAGGCUUUGGCGUAGAAGAGUGUCGCUCAUCGCCCGAGCGACCUUUUUGGGCGCUUGAGCGCCAGAUGCACGAUGCUUGGGCGUCAUCUCUGAGGCUUGGGCGCAGAAGACUGUCACUCACCGCCCGGGCGCCCCUUUUUGGGCGCUUAAGCGCCGGAAGCAUGAAGCUUGGGCGUCAUCUAGAAGGCUUAAGCGUGAAGGACCACUGCUCACCGCCCGGGCACCCUAAGUGGGGCGCUUGAGCGCCAACGACACGGGCUUAAGCUUUGUUUCUGUUCUGUCUUUGCUCUAUUUAAAGAACCUAGAUGUUCUAGGUUUUGUAUCUCUGGCUGGACCAGCACAACAACACACUCUUCCACUCUCUGAAGGCGGAUUUGGAUGCGGGAGCAUCCAUCCUCUACUUUUAGGGUUUUGCUAUCUCAUGGUUUUCCAUUAUUCAUCUAGUUUCAUCAUGUCUAUGGUGAACUAAACUCUAUUUGUUGUUGGGGGAUGAUGUAACCUUGUGAACUCUCAUGUAUUUGAAUUGAUUCUUAAUAACACAUGCUAUUUCAUUAA